UCUGACUGAAAAUUAAGAAUUUCUCUGAAAAUCUACCUUUGAUUGACUUUCCUCCAAUGGAUUAACCCCAAUGGAGAUAAUUAAUUAUUGAUGUUUAAUCAUUUUCCAAUUAGCUAAUCUUGAUAAAGGAAUAGAUUGUGAAAGUAAUUGUAAUUUGAAAGAGAAAACUGAUCAGUAUCAAUUGUAAGAAGAAAAUUGUAAUUCAUUUGAAAAAGGUGAUAUUUAUAAUCGGCUGAGAGAAAGAAAGAGAAAAAGAAAGAGAGUUAAAAGAGACUCUUUCUAUUUUUCUUUCUAUUCUCAGUUUGAGUUUACACUUUGAUUCUGUAAGAUGAUGAGUGUUUUUAACUGUUGUUCCUUUCAGAGUCAAUUAAUUGUGAUCUUUUUCUCAUAGUUGUCUCAUUUUCUUUCAUCUAAUUAAUAACUAUAGUUAAUGGACAAUUUAACAAGUGAAAAGUGAUUACUAAAUUGUCUGCAAACAAUAAACAAUUAGAUUAAAUUACGUUUCUCUUUUCUAUUCCUACCUUCAGGUGUGGGUGAGUUUUUCUCUGUGUAUGUAAGUGUGUGUGGUUUUUUGCUCUCUCUCUCUCUCUCUCUCUCUCUCUCUCUCUCUCUCUCUCUCUUACUAUUUUUCCUCUCAGGUAAAUAUACAAUCAGGUUCAUCACCAUCAUCACCACCACCACCAUCAUCAUCAAUCUCAUAAGGAACCCACUUGACACCAUCAACCAUGGAUCUACAAAACACAAUAUUAUCAAAAUUAACUUCUGGUAUGCCUUCUCCUAUGCGCCUUCGAGAUCUUAUCCGACAAAUAAGAGCCGCAAGAACUGCAGCAGAGGAAAGAGCUGUAAUACAAAAAGAAUGUGCUUACAUUAGAUCUACAUUCAGGGAAGAAGAUUCUGUUUGGCGAUGUAGAAAUGUAGCUAAAUUAUUAUAUAUUCAUAUGCUUGGAUAUCCGGCUCAUUUUGGUCAGCUGGAGUGUUUGAAGUUAAUCGCCUCACCAAGAUUCACUGAUAAAAGAAUUGGUUAUCUGGGAGCCAUGUUAUUGUUGGAUGAAAGACAAGAUGUUCACCUUUUAAUAACCAACUCCCUUAAGAAUGACCUUAACAGUCAAAUUCAAUAUGUAGUUGGAUUGGCUCUUUGUGCUUUAGGGACAAUUUGCUCUCCAGAGAUGAGCAGAGAUCUUGCCGGUGAAGUCGAACGCCUCAUGAAAUCAUCAAAUGCAUAUAUCAAAAAGAAGGCCGCCCUUUGCGCUGCCCGUAUCAUUCGUAAAAUACCCGAUUUCAUGGAGAUGUUUCUUCCAGCAUCAAGAACUUUAUUAACCGAAAAGAAUCAUGCUGUUUUAAUAACCGGUGUUACCCUUAUCAUUGAGAUGUGUGAACGGAGUCAAGAGACACUUAAUUAUUUCAAAAAGAUGGUUCCAAAUCUCGUUCGAAUUUUGAAAAAUUUAAUCAUGGCUGGUUAUUCACCGGAACAUGAUGUCUGUGGUGUUAGUGAUCCUUUUCUUCAAGUUAAAAUCCUCAGAUUAUUACGUCUUCUUGGACAUAAUGACCCGGAGGCCAGUGAAGCAAUGAACGAUAUCCUUGCUCAGGUUGCAACCAACACCGAAAGCACAAAAAAUGUAGGCAAUGCAAUUUUAUAUGAAACAGUAAUUUCCAUCAUGGAUAUUAAGUCAGAAAGUGGCCUCCGAGUUUUAGGUAUCAAUAUUUUGGGUAGAUUCUUGUUGAAUACGGACAAAAACAUUCGAUACGUGGCAUUGACAACGUUACUUAAAACUGUCCAAGCUGAUUACAAUGCCGUCCAAAGGCAUCGAAGUACAAUCGUUGAAUGUUUGAAAGAUCCCGAUGUUUCCAUUCGUAAAAAAUCAAUGGAAUUGUGUUUUGCUUUAAUCAAUGGCAAUAAUAUUCGUUCCAUGACAACUGAAUUAAUAUCUUUCCUUGAAAAGGCUGAUCCUGAAUUUAAAUCUGUGUGUUCAUCAAAUUUGUGCAUUUGUGCUGAUAAAUAUGCCCCUUGCCCCAAGUGGCACAUUGACACCAUGUUGAAAGUUUUACAAACGUCUGGUAACUAUACUCGUGAUGAUGUUGUAGGUAAUUUAAUUCAACUCAUCUCGGAAACCACAUCUCUUCAUGCUUAUGCCGUUCAACAGUGUUGGAAACAUCUUGCUGACGAUUUACCAUCUAAACAGCCAUUAGUCCAAGUUGCCAUGUGGACAAUUGGUGAAUUUGCUGAUUUACUGAAUGAAGUUUGUCCAGGGUCUGGUGAUGAUUUAUCUGAACCAUUAAAUGUUCAAUCAGAUGAGAUUGUUGCUACAUGUGAAGAAAUUACUGCUUCAAGUUUAAUGUCAAUCGUUACUAAAGAGUAUACAAUUAACACUUUGAUUAAGCUCAGUGCCCGUUAUCCAAAUUGUGCACCUAAAAUUAAAUCAAUAGUCGAUGCAUUUGGUUGUCACAUGAACGUUGAAUUACAACAGCGAUCAGUUGAAUUUUCAACCAUCUUCACCAAACAUAAUCAACUUCGCCUUAGUUUACUGGAGAAAAUGCCUCCGAUGAAAUCUCGAGAUGAGAAACGAGAAAAUCUUUCCAAUGGGCAAACAGGGGAAGAGGAUUUACUGGAAACACUUUCGAAAGUUGGAUCAAAUUCAACCUCAGAGGCCAAAAGUGAUAAUACCGCUUCAAGUGCAGCUCUUUUGGAUCUCCUUAGUACCGUAGAUAUGACAAGUCCAUCACCUUUCCCACCCACAACAAACCAAGUGCAAAAUACAACAAACAAUAAUAGUGCUAUUGUUGAUCUCCUUGGAUUAAUUAAUUCUGAACCCACUUCAAGUAGCAAUGGAACCCUAAUUAACACCACCAAUAACUCUUUAUCCGAAAACAAUGAUUCUAAUAGUCUAAAAUAUAAUUCACUCAUUGAGUCAAAUCUUUUCGAUGGAUUUGAUUUUGAUACACCAAUAGUAACCAGCGCAGCCCAAAUUACACCACAGAUUCCAAGUUUGGUGGCUUAUGAUGCGAAUGGAUUAAAAUUAACUUUCGAUUUUGAGAAAAAUGAUUCCGAUCCAAAAACUUUGAUUAUCCGGAUUAAAGCUCAAAAUAGUUACGAUAAACCAAUGUUAGAUUUUCGACUCCAAGCUGCAGGUCCAAAAACAUCCCAAUUACAAUUGUUACCACCAUCAAGCACCACGAUUCCAGCCAAUAAUUCAGGUUCAGUGGAACAAAUUUUACAAGUUAUAAACCCAAACAAGUUAAAAUUAAGAAUGAGAAUUCGAUUUUCUUAUGAAUAUAAUGGACAAGAGAUUUUAGAGCAAAAGGAUGUUAAUAAUUUCCCACCAGAAACAUGGACCUUCUGAUGAUUAAGUUAAUUACAACAAAGAUUUACCAUUGAAGAGAAGGAAAAAAGAACACUAAACAAUUAAAUCAAUUCUACCAAAUGUGCCUGUGAUUUGUUAGAAAAUUAUAGAUUUAAAUUAAUCCAAUUAUUCAAGAUAAUUACACACGAAACUUUGAACCUCUUGACUUUUUUCUUCUUCAAUUCUAAUUGAUUAUUUUCUGCUCAUCGAACUUUAUCUUCACAAUCUAAAAACUUUUUACUCCAUGAUUAGCAUAUACAUUAUGUAUUAAUCAUGUUGCUCUUUAAACAAUCAACUCCCAUUUUUGAUUAUUCUCUUAAUCAUAUAAAUCCUCCAAUCGAUUGUAAAAUUUUGGCACCAAUGUUUGAUGAUCUGGUUGAUUUUUCAAGAUCUUCUUGCUAAAUGAAAGUCUGGAUGAUUUAUAAAUCUACACAGGAACCAGAUUAAAUUCCAGGGAAAGUUCAAUUGGGAUUGAAAAUUUCUUAACUGUCAUCAUUCAAAUCAUCUUUCAUCUCUCUCUCAUCUUAUAAUCUAAAGAAUCAAGAAGAUCCUCAGUUUAAAUUGAUCAAACUUUUUCACCAUCAACCUCAAUCCGACGUGUCUAAGUCUUGAAUGUGGCUCUUAAAUCAAUAUUAGUCUGAUUGCAAAUAAUUAACAAAUUUAAUUGAAAAUGAAAAAAAACUUAAAAUCUUUUGAUUUUCAUUUGAAUGUUUAAAAGUAAAAGUGAAAAAAUAACCAGAAAACUGAAUGAGCUGCAAGUUCACAAUUUAACCAAUUCUCUUUGUAGUUAAUCAAUUGAAACAAAACAAAAAUCUUAUUAACAUUUGUAUUAAAUGGUUAAUUUAAUCUUAA